AUGCCUCCUAAUGCGCAGUCGGACACUCGCGAGGCAAUCUGCACCGCCUCCAGCUCUGUGACCUGCCAGAUCUGCCUGGAGGAGCUCACGUUGAAGGACCAGACAACCCUCAAGCCCGUCACGCGCUUCUGCUCGUCGGUCUGCCCCGCCGUCUUCUGCACGCCGUGCCUCGAAAAGCACCUGCAAAUGGCCAUGCACGUCCCGUACGCUGGGGCGUUGCCCAAGGUCCGCUGCCCUGUGUGUCUCGUCCCCGUGAACAGACAGCAGUGGGCUCGCUGGCUGAGCCCCGACGCCGUGACAACGAUGCCCCUGCUCCGGCAGUACAAGCAGCGAUGCGACGCUGCCUGCAGCUUCACGUGUCCGGGUUGCCAUAACCCGCACUACACGCAGCUACCGGGCUCCCACACAGACACGGACGGCCGUCUGGACUUCGCCAACGCUGUAGCUCUUACACUUCGACCGAGUGAAGCGGCUUGUAUCCCUGAGCUUCGGCGCGUCGUCCGCCAAUUCUGUCGACACCGUCAGACGGCCACUGCACGCGAUGUGAUCCGCCACAUCACCGACAACUUCCCGGCCUCCAAGACCCAUUGCAUCGUCCACAAGGUGCUCCCGCUCAUCCAGGACGAAGAGCGUCGCGCGACGCUGCUGCUUGCGUAUCACAGCGUCCACCGCCGCGUCGUGACUCGCUGCUGCGGCUUCUCCGCCUGCUUCAACUGCAAACGGUAUCUGGGCGACGGGAGUGCGCCGUGCCCGUGCGAGACGGAGGACCAGGAAGAGAUCGGCGACGAAGACAUCGUCGAGUGCCGCUCCUGCCGCGUGAUGCUCGUCAAGGUCGACGGCUGCAGCAGCGUCUGGUGUGUGUGCGGACUCGGCAUGAGCUGGACGGACGAGCUGCGCAUCAAGAGGCUCCACCGGCGGAGGCUGCUCCCAGUGGACCCCUUUGACAUGACGAUGUUCGACUGCUGGGAGUCGUGGCUCAACGCGUUCCGGAGCGCUGCAGGCGAGGACUUCUGGGAGCUGAGGCAGUCCGCGCUGCUGCACAGUGUCAACAACUCCCGCCCGGUCUUCCGCGAGACUUUGCGUCGGUUCGUCUGGAGGAGGCGAUUCCGUCAGCUGAUCACGAACGCCGAGCUGACACUGCGUCACAAGUUCGUGAUCCGGUUGUACCCCGUGUUCAGGGAAUCGCUCCGAGCGCUGACCUGGCGACGGCGACGCUUCCACCGAACGCUGCUUGACGAGUGCCGCGCUGCGUUCGUUGCCCACACUGCUCGCCGUCAAUCUGCAGUGAUCAAGCCUGUGCUGCUCAAGUUCAAGUGGUUCUGCCGCUUCCGCCAGCAGGUGCUGGGCUCACUGCGCCGUCGAUUCUACUGCCUCUCGAUGGGUUGGGCGGACCUCAGCGAGGAGCAGCAGGAAAUCGAAGAGGACCAGCUCGCCAUGUUCAGCAUCGGGCUCAACUGA